ACCUGCUCAUGGCUUCACUCCAUACUCAGGCUACCAGCAACUACAGCAUGGUGCAACCUUGUCCAAAAAUCACUGAAGUGCUUGAGAGGUACUACCUGUCACCAUCUUAUGGCAUCGAGUUCUGCAUUGGUUUUCCUGGCAACUUUGUGGUUGUACUUGGUUACAUAUUUUGUUUGCAGCAGUGGCAGAGCUGCAACAUUUACCUCUUCAGCCUGGCAGUCUCCGACCUAAUUUUCCUCUGCACACUGCCACGUCUCGCUUGGCUCUAUGCAAACAACCAAUCAGAGACCAGUCCCUAUGCUUGCAUUAUCAACCGCUAUGUACUGCAUGUAAAUCUUUACUCUUCCAUCCUGUUUAUGGUUUUGCUAAGCAUGGACCGCUUCCUGCUCAUAAGAUAUCCAACACGGAACCACUUCCUGCUGAGUCCACGAUCAGCCUUGAUUGUAACAGGGGUGAGCUGGCUAGCUGUCAAUUUGGAAGUUGCACCAAUGAUAUCACUGAUGAUUGAUGACCUCCAGAGUGGAAACUGGAGUCGAUGCAAGGACUUUGCCAGCUUGCAAGGAAAUGUCAAUACACUGGGCUACAGCCUGGGACUAACCCUGAUUGGUUACCUUCUCCCUGUGCUUGGACUUUGUGGUUUCUCCUACCAAAUUGCCCAUCUGCUCCGUGUCCAGGAAAGGGCCGUCCAGAACAGGACAACCUCAUACAAGCGGCCUUUGAGGGUUGUUGUAAUGGCUGCAGUCAUUUUUCUGGUUCUCUACACUCCAUACCAUGUGCUGAGAAAUGUCAGAAUAGCAUCUAAUGAGGCCUGGGCCGGGCUAUGUACAAAGAUGUACAUACAGGGCCUGUACAUCCUGACCCGACCGUUGGCCUUCUUACACAGUGUCAUCAACCCUGUCUUCUACUUCCUCAUGGGUGACAAGUUCAGAGAGCUCCUAUUUGCCAAGCUCAGAAAGCUGGGUAGAAAGAAAACAUUCAACACAUAUCCCUAUGAGACACACAUCAACUUUAUUCCACAUAUAUUACAUUGCAUCCAAAAAAGUAUCACACUAUUAAAGUAA